UAUAAAACAAAUAUCUGACCUAAUUUUUAAUUCACUUUCUAUAUACUUUUUCAGGCAAAAAAAUAAAUAAAAAUGGCUUUGUCUAAUGCAAUGUCGGCAUUGCUAAAAUGCAAGAUUUGUUUGGACCAAUUUGAGCACCCAAAACUUCUCAGUUGCGGACAUACAUACUGCAAGAACUGUUUAGAUGAAAUUUUGAUUUUCAAAGAAGACGGAAGUGCAGAAAUUCGAUGCUCUUUAAAAUGCACAGCCAGUAUGAUAAUUGCAGCAGAUCAGACAACAUCUUGCUUCACGAAAAAUUACUCACUUUCAGAUAUUGUAGAUGAGGUAGAAAGAAGCAAGACACAAUUGUCAAAUCAUCAAUGCACACUUUGCCAGCAGUCAACACAGUGCAAGAAGAAAGUUACUUUCUCCUGUACAAAAUGUGGAAUGAAGAUAUGUGAUCAGUGCCAAAUUGUACAUUCUUGCAAGGCAGGAUCAUUCACUGCAAUAACUUUCGAUAAAAAAUCGGAAGUAAUAAAACCGGUGUGUGAGCAACAUAACUCGCUUGCAAAUAACGUUUGCAUUAAAUGUGAGAACAUGUUUACAUGUGUCUAUUGUAUCAACAGGCAACACAAAAACCACAAAGGAAUGACUAUUGCUGAAUUUGGCGUUGAAGCAAAGAACUAGUUUCAGUCAUUCAUAGAGAGCUUUGAGGACACUAGGAGGGAAUUGGAAAUCUUAAACAAUAAAUACAACGAAGCUUUGACCUGUUUGCAAAACAACAGAGGAAAAAUAGUUCGCGAAUUGCAAAUAAGAAAGUUGAAACGUGUGGAACAAUACAUUGAACAGUUAAAUGCUGAGGAUAAAAAACUGUUAAGACAAUAUGACAAAAAAGUCACGGAAUUUAAAAACAAUGUUAUUGCGGCAGGCUACACAGAUAAUAGGAAAAUCAAAGAUCGUUUAGAAUACGUUAAAGUAUUUAACGACAAAUCAUUCUUUGAUCUCGUAGCUGAAAAAGUUGAAAUUGAGCGAAAUCUUCGUGAAUUAUCUACUCUUCCUGCACAUGUCCCCUGUUUUAGUUCACAUUUGCAUGAUUUGAAGAACAUCAUUUGGUAGUCAAUCCGUUAGGCGAGAUGACAAUUUCUAUUAAUAAUGUACAUCAUGUUAGCGUAGAUGCUGGUUAUAUAAAUGUGUACAACUGUCGCGUCGAUGAAACAAAGCCACAUUAUAAUCAAUUGGAGCUAGAACGUAAUUUAAUGGAUUUAGUUGAACGCCUAAAAGGUGUGUAUGUGUUUAAAUAUUAUUAAAUAAUGAAUAAUGAACAUACAGUUUUUUCGUGUAAACUUUGUGCUAUUAAUUUUUAGAGAAUGCAAGACGACCAUUUGAUAUUAUUGGUAUUUUAAGAGAGGGAAAAAGGUUGUAAUAAUAACUGUAUACAUCUCUGACGAAGUCUUAUUCUUUAUAGAUUUUAAACAUAAAUAUAAACCCAAAGAAACAAAUGCUAUACGUUGCAAAUUUGUUUUGACAACAACAUGGGGUUUUUAUUGCAUACAUUGAUUCAGUCUAAAGUUACCUUAAUUUCGGAUGCCGUGUUUACAACACAUUUUAUAUCUGUUCACUUAUACUGUUAUUCUUUAAUCCUUUAAAUAAUAUGACAAAUUCUUCCCUACUUAAAGUUUUCCAUACUUUUUUUGCUUAUCAUACAAACAAGCAAAAACUGUUAUAACAAAUACAGUACUAAUAUCAAGCAACUUAUGUUAUACAAUCUCGUUUUAGACAUUCUAUUUUGUAUGAAAGCAUAACAGGGAAAACUAAUGAUUUUGUUUUCAAACUGAAUAAAAAGGUUUCUAAAGAGAUGGGGAAUUAAGAAUUUAGGAUUUAUUGUGUAGAUUACUUUUUAGUGAUGUCAAGCCAAAAAGCAAACUGACAGAUAAGAAGGUUUAUAUAUUUCAAGGUAUAAAUAUUUUUAAUACUUAAAAAGAACCUUUCAAGGUUGUUUUAUUUUUUUGCAAAAUAAAAUUUUUCUGCAACCGAAAGUCUCUUUCCUAAAAACAAAAUGUUAUCUUGCUUUCUUGUUUAUGACUAAUUCAUCAACUAAUUCAGAACCACCUUGACUAGCUAAUACGCACAACACUUAUCUCAGAAUAUUUAUUUAAAGGACUGAGCAGUAACAACCCGUUGCAUUGAGUGGUUUUUGCACGCGUUUAACUGCUUACCAUGUCAUUUUUGUCCAAAUCAUACCCUAACAUUUCCCUCACUGAUCUCACUGCGGUAAACAAGUAGAAAUUCUUACGCCAAUUUAAUAACAAGUUUGUCAAUUGUCGAUAGUUAACAUCAAUCAAAAAAAUGUCGUGAGUAGCAAGCAAUAUAAGAAUGGAGUGGAACGAAGAGAACUCUUUUAGGCUAUAUAAAAAUUACAAUGUAAGAAAGAACGAGACAAGACCAAAAAAUCAGUCAUAUUUCUAAUUUAUAGACGGAUUAUAGCAUUGACAUGCGGAUUACGUUAAGUUAAAAUUUGAAAUGAAAAAAAAUUAAAGUAGAUUUAACGUAACUAGAAUUAGAAUGUAUUUAGAACGAAAUUCAAUGGCUUCAGUUGACCGUCUAAAAGGUAUGUAUUUGUUUUGAUACUAUUAGAAAAUAAAUAAUGAACAUAUAGUUCUUUCGUGUACAUCUUGUGCUAUUAAUUUUCAGAAAAUGCAACACGACCAGUUGAUGUUAUUCGUGGUUUGGGUGAGGGAAAAAGGUUGGAAUAAUAAUU